CCCAUUACUUUCCCUCUGUAGUUCUCUGUGGGGCCAAGUUGCUACUUGAUUUCUCCACAUUGUUAUUUUGUGAGGCUGGGUUUACUGCGUGUGUAUGUGUGUGUGGUGUGUGUGUGCACGUUUUUUACUUUUGCAUGUAUCCGUUGUAUGACUGCGUACAUGUGAAAGUCUAAUUUUUCUGCCAUGUCGACAUCUGGAACGCUGACUAGUUACUACGUCGAUUCCCUCAUUCUGCCCGAGAGCGAGGAGCUCUCUGUGCCGAGGUACCCCUCCGGUCCUGGGCUCCAGCACGCCAGGCAGCCCGCCUCCCUCAGCGAGCACACGGAGCUCGGGACUUGCACCUUCCCGUCCAAACCCCCUGUUUUCGGGCCGUCAUGGAGCCACGUCCCGGCUCAGUUCCCGGGCACGGUUUCCUCUGUGUACCAUCACCACUACGGGCAUCCCCAAGGCCCAGUGGCUGCGGACACAGACGGCCGCUAUCAGUCGUGGCUUCUGGAGCCCAUGUCAGGUUCGCUGCCCAUGACCGGAUUACCGACGAGCCAUCAUUACGGAAUCAAACCGGAGGGUCUGGGGACGCGAGCUGACGGCGCGCUUCCCGGAUCCCACACGGCGCUGCUGCUCUCCGAUUACGCCAACGGCACGGUGGCUACAGCAUCACCGGUGGAAAAGGACGAACUGUCUGUCCAGGCAGGGGACAUGAGCGGAGAGGGCGAAGAGAAACCUGGCCUGGACCCAAGUAAGUCGCUGCAGAAUAACCCAGUGUCCAACUGGCUCCACGCAAGUGCCACGAGAAAAAAGCGCUGUCCGUACACCAAGCACCAGAUCCUGGAGCUGGAGAAAGAGUUCCUCUUUAACACCUACCUGACCAGAGACCGUAGGUAUGAGGUGGCGAGGUUGCUAAACCUCACCGAGAGACAGGUUAAAAUCUGGUUCCAGAACCGCAGGAUGAAGAUGAAGAAGUUUAAUAAAGACGGCGCACCGAAAGACGAGUGACUGAAGCGUGUAGAUUUAGCAGUAUUUAGGCUGAUAGCGAGCUUUGUGUGUAAAAGCUCUUAACUCUGCUGGACCUUGUUUUUA